UUUCUUUUUUCUCUUUGAGUUUGAUGCAUAUGUUUGUAUUUGUUUCUGUUUUUCUUCUUCUUCUUCUUCUUUAAUGUUAUUUCCGGAACCUAGUUGUUCAAUAUCGAAUAACUGUAAGAGCUCGGUAUUGACAUGGAACAGAUUUUUGUAUUGAAAUCAAAAUUUUUCAAGGAAGCUUCAGGGGAAAAAAGAUCAUUUUUUUUAAAUUUCUGUUAUCGGAUUAUGGCCCUUUUCUUCUUUUACAUUGACUGAUUAAUACAAAGGGACUAGUUUUGAUACAGCAUUUGUGUAUACAUUGAUUCUGAUUCUGAAACUGGAAAUUGUAACCUCUUAAAGUUCUGUUACAAGAGUUGAAAAUGCUGUAAUUUGAUAUGGAUGGUUUCCUUCUUGAUUUGCAACUUGAAUUCCUAUUCCUAGGCAGCAUAGGGAGCUUGAUUUCAAGUAGUGUGAUCGGACAAGUAAUACCAUAUAGCUGGUGAAGGUGGGGGUGCAUGGAAAUUAAUAGAUUUUGAAGGAAGUAGCCAGCAUUUGAAAGCUUAUGAGGUUAUGACUGACGAAAAACCUAUUCUUGCUCUCGAAAGUUCACGUUCCUCUGCAUCCGAUUCUUCAUCAAGAUCUAGUGAGGUUGAAAAUGAUAUUCCUGCCAGUCCCUUUAUCCAAUCAAAACAAGCAGAUGUUGGGUUAGCACAAGGACCGAUACUUCCAGCAGAUGUUGAAUCAUCACAAGGAUCAGUAUUUCCAGCAGAAGUUCCCAGCCACAAUCCUGUUAUCAACAUACAAGUAUUGCCCCCACCAUCACCUCAACUGCAUGUGAUGGGACAACCUGGAGGGUACGAUCCAAAUAGGAUCCCAUCAUCCAUUUUUGCUAAGCCUAGUAAUCCUGCAGAAUGGAGCGUUGCUUCUAAUGAUUCAUUGUUCAGUAUUUACAUGGGGAAUGGUAGCUUCUCAAGAGAUCAUGCUUUCAUGUUGUAUAAAUCGGGAGAACUCCCCAGGUUUGAUGAGACAGGCAAUGCUUCAACCAGUUUGAGCCCUGUCAUUGAAGUAGAGAACAAUGAUAGAAAGAAUGAGGAUAUAUCAAUAGACAUAAAAGUGAAGGAAGAGGAAUCAACUGAUUCUGAAGAAGAGGAAUCUGAAUCAACAGCUGAGAUCAGACCGACAAAGGAGGUUCCGGGUGCAACAGAGAAAAUUAGUAAUUGUCAGGAAAAGAUGCAUCUUGUUGAGGAGAUUCGAGUUUCCUUCUCCAGCAGUAACAGAUCAUUUCAGUUCCCGUUAUUGGACGCUACCUCAGGAAGAAGUUCUUCUUUUAAUGAGGUGAUGAAGAAGCAUUCCUCGGAGAAGCACUUGGAACAGGAGUCACAGCCAGCAGAAACCCCUGGAACAACCCAAAAGGCUGAGGGGAAUAGUUGGUUUCCUUGCUUCUCUUGCUGCUCACAUGGCUGUUGAGAGAGAGUUCUGCAUAAAUAUUUUAAAUCCAACCUCUGUACAUCUCCCUCUUUGUCAAGAAUUCCUGCCUUGUCCAUCGGAUCUAAAUACGAACCUUAUUCUCUGCAGUCUUUGUUUCUAGCUUUGGUGAGUCUUCUCCCAUUGCAAAACCUUAGAGUUUAUAGUUAAGGUAUAAAUCACCAUCUAAACUCAGUUAUAGAAUAUAUAGUAUAGUCUUCAUUCAAUUCAAUGGGAGAAGUUUGGCUUUUAAAUUUGAGAAAAAUUCAGCAUAAGAAUUAUCUACAAAGAUAUAUUGAUUUAGAAAUUUCCAAGGAAAAAACUUAGGUUUGAUUCUUACAUUAGAUUAAUUGUGACUGAUAUCUCGACAGUAUUUCUUUAGUUUGUAUGUCUUUUUAUCCAGGGAAGUGCUUUGUAGUCCUUGAUCAAUCGAUGCUUGAGUUUCUCUGUAUUGAUUAUUGGAAGUGCAAUUCAUACUAAAUGUAUUUAUGGAAAGGAAAAUGAGGCUGCUUAUAAACUCUUUAUUACCGAAUGAAUGAAUGAAUGAAUGAUAGAAUAGAAAUCACCUACUAAAUGUUUUUUAAUGAUUAUAUUAUAGAAUGCAUAGUUUUGAAACCCAGACCAGCCCGGCGGGUUGACCCGGGACCCG